AUGCUCUACCACCGCCCACAGAAGCGUCAGCGACCGGCCAACGUUAAGGGGAUGGCUUCCGCGAUGCAUGCUAACGCAGAGAACCUGCCUCCUGGUGUCUCCCUCGAAUGGCGCGGUCCAGCAGUGCCUUCGAAUCAUGCCAUGAGGUCGAAGCGUAUCUACAGCGGAGUCGGAGCCAUCAACAAACGUUGA